AUGGGCUACGAGAAGACCAAAGAGGCAAUUGAGGAGAGCAUCGAGGCUGCAAACCUCGGAUACAUUGACCUUGUGUUGAUCCAUGCCCCAUACCCCAACAAGAAAGACCGUCUGGGCACAUGGCGUGCUCUCGUCGAAGCUCAAAAUGCAGGCAAGAUCCGCUCUCUGGGUGUGUCUAACUGGGCUAUACAGCAUCUUGAGGAGCUGGAGGCAUACAUACAGAGUGGCGGUGGUGGUCAGAUCUCUGUUGGCCAGUAUGAGAUUCAUCCCUGGUGUCCUCGUGAGGAUAUUGCCGAGUGGCUGAAGAAGCACAAUGUUAUUGUCGAGGCAUACUCGCCUCUUGUGCAAGCUACCCGUAUGGAGGAGCCAGUCUUGAAGACACUGUCUGAGAAACACGACAAGACUCCGGCCCAGAUCCUUCUCCGCUGGAGCUUGCAGAAGGGAUAUGUCCCCCUUCCGAAAUCAGUGACUGAUUCACGUAUCCUUGAGAACUCACAGCUUUUCGAUUUUGAAUUGUCCGAGGCCGACAUGGCUAGUCUGAAGCUUAGAGAGUAUGCGCCUGUCUGCUGGGAUCCGGUCCGGGAUUGCAAGGAAUAA